AAAGCCCUAAACAUUUCCUCUCUCUCUUGCGCCAUUGCUGCUCCAUCGUUCCCAUUCGUAAAAAUCCAAACUUUUUGUUCAAAAUCAAGCCAAACUCUAGUGUUGUUGUAGCUUAGAUAGACAUUAAGGAUGAGGUAUCAAUGGCGAUCGCUUCUUUUCCGGAGCUACCGUUCGUCUCCUCGUCCAUUUCUUUCUCAUCACUCGCGGUUCCAGGUAAUCUCCAAUUCGACUCGAUCUUUCUCUUCUUUCCUCCACGAACGUUUUGGAGUGCAACAAAGACAGUGUCUUUUUGCCUUGCGAUCGCCAUUGGCGAGCUCUGUUAGCCGACGCUUUUCAUCUGAGUCUGCGAUAGAAGAGAAACUUCCUGCUGAGACUGUUGUGAUUGAUGUUUUUAGCAGAUUGAAUGGUAAGGAUGAGAUUACGAAAGAGCUGGAUUCGAAUGAUGUUGUGAUUAGCCAUGAAUUAGCAUUGAGAGUUCUGAGGGAACUUGAAUCAAGCCCUGAUGUUGCGGGGAGGUUUUUCAAAUGGGGUUUGGAGGCUUAUCCUCAAAAACUUUCUUCCAAGAGUUAUAACACGAUGCUGCGUAUUUUUGGUGUUAAUGGAUUAGUUGAUGAGUUUUGGAGGUUGGUUGAUGAUAUGAAGAAGAAAGGGCAUGGUGUUUCAGCUAAUGUUAGGGACAGAGUCGGUGACAAGUUUAAGAAAGAUGGACUAGAAAAUGAUUUGGAGAGGCUGAAAGAGCUAUUUGCUUCAGGUUCUAUGGAUAACUCUGUUGACAAGGUUUGCAAUAGGGUGUGUAAGAUUGUGAUGAAGGAAGUGUGGGGUGCUGAUGUAGAGAAACAGCUAAGGGAUUUGAAGCUCGAGUUUAAAAGUGAUGUGGUAAAGAUGGUUUUGGAAAAACUUGACGUGGAUCCGAGGAAAGCUUUGUUGUUCUUUAGGUGGAUUGAUGAGUCUGGAAGUUUUAAACAUGAUGAGAAGACGUAUAAUGCUAUGGCCAGGGUUUUAGGGAAAGAGAAGUUUCUUGAUAGGUUUCAGCACAUGAUAGAAGAAAUUAGGAGUGCUGGUUACGAGAUGGAAAUGGAGACUUAUGUUAGGGUUUCAGCAAGGUUCUGUCAGACUAAAAUGAUUAAAGAAGCUGUUGAGUUGUUUGAGUUUGCAAUGGCAGGUAGCAUUAGCAACACACCCACCCCACACUGCUGCAGUUUACUGCUCAAGAAAAUUGUCACUGCAAAGAAAUUGGACAUGGACUUAUUUACAAGAACUUUGAAAGCUUAUACUGGGAAUGGCAACGUUGUGCCGGAUGUUAUGCUGCAACAUGUCCUCAAGUCUUUGAGAAGCGUUGAUAGGUUUGGACAGAGCAACGAGGUGUUGAAAGCGAUGAACGAAGGUGGAUAUGUUCCUAGCGGUGAUUUGCAGAGUGUGAUUGCAUCAGGACUUAGUCGUAAGGGCAAGAAAGAUGAAGCAAACGAACUUGUGAACUUUAUGGAAGCUUCUGGAAACCAUUUAGAUGAUAAAGCAAUGGCAUCUUUAGUUGAAGGGCACUGUGAUGCUAAAGAUCUCGAAGAAGCUUCAGAGUGUUUCAAGAAGAUGAUUGGGAAAGAGGGAGUCUCUUAUGCAGGUUAUGCAUUUGAGAAGUUGGUACUUGCUUAUUGCAACAGUUUUCAGGCAAGAGAUGUAUACAAGCUUUUCAGUGAGCUAGUGAAACAAAAUCAGUUGAAACCUUGGCACAGUACAUACAAAAUUAUGGUGAGGAAUCUGUUGAUGAAGAAGGUAGCAAGAGAUGGUGGGUUUGAAGAAGCUUUGAGUCUUCUACCUAUGAUGAGAAAUCACGGGUUCCCUCCUUUCGUGGACCCGUUCAUGGAUUACUUAUCGAAUAGUGGAACAAGCGCAGAGGCUUUCGCUUUUCUGAAGGCUGUGACUUCAAAGAAGUUUCCAUCUAAUUCAAUGGUUCUGCGUGUAUUCGAAGCUAUGUUGAAGUCUGCAAGGCAUAGUGAAGCUCAGGAUUUACUGUCUAUGUCCCCAAGUUAUAUCCGUCGCAAUGCAGAAGUUCUAGAACUUUUCAAUACCAUGAAACCUGAAAAAUGUUCUUUAGAGAAACCUUUGCCUGCUCCUGCUCAAAUUGAAGCUUAAUUCAUUAUAUGUUGUUUUCUUUUGUUUCUGGACGUGGUGAUUCAAAAAGGACAAUCACUUACUCGACUCUAAUCGCUAUAAUUUUCUUCAUAUAGCGGCGAUGUGGGACUUUUGAAGAUUGUUAGUAGCUUAAAUGGGCUUAUUUAGAAAAAGGCCUCUGCCUCUUUUCCAUCGUAAGCCAGUUUACAUUACUAAUCUUUCCCCAACUUAAGAUUUUAUCAUUUGGUCUUGUGGGCUUUUUAGCAAAAGGCCUAUUUAUCAAUCUUGUUGUCUAUGUUGUCUCUUAGCUUUGUUUUUUCUCUAUUGACCUUUAAUCCAAAG